AUGGAUGCAUGCCGACCUCCGGCGCCCAAUGAUUGCAUCUUUGAGCAUUGGGGACAAUGGUCUGCCUGCGAUGCACCUUGUGGAAAGGGCACUCGUGAGCGGAAGAGAAAGGUGGCCGUGUUUGCAACAAGCGAUGGGCGUGGCUGUGAAGGAGCCACCCAGGAAUUGCGGGAAUGUGAAAUGCAGACCUGCGAGGUCGUGGACUGCCAGUGGAGUGAGUGGUGGGACUGGUCAGUAUGCUCCGCGUCCUGCGAUGGAGGGACGAAGCGUCGAGAGAGGAAUGUUGCAGUGGCGCCGCAGCAUGGUGGAAGGUUGUGCUUACCCAAAGACAAGAGCCAGAUCGCGCCCUGCAACACAGAGUCCUGCGACGCUGCUUGCUUGGAUGGUGCUUGGGGUCAGUGGAGCGGUUGGACUGACUGUUCUGCAACCUGCGGAACUGCUUACAAAUCCAGACGUCGUGACGUAGCAGUGCAGCCCAGUCAUUGUGGGAAGCCGGCAGUGGGCCUCCGUGAAGAGUACAAGGCGUGCAUUGACAUGCCGGAGUGCAACGUCGUUCAAGACUGCGUCAUGGGCGCAUGGAAUCAGUGGUCGCACUGCAGUUGCAGCUGCUUCGGCAUUCGGGAAAGAAAUCGAGUCAUUGAACGAUUUGCCACCCAGGGCGGAGAGUCCUGCAAUGGCACGGUCAAGGAAGUCGUUCCCUGCAAUCCUGGUGUUGGGCACGAGCUACGGAGCCCUCUGACCAAUGCGGCGCCAACCGACGGAGGCAAGAUUGCGUCAUGUCUGAUUGGGAGGAGUGGAGCGAGUGCACCGCAAGCUGUGGAGGAGGGCAAACAGAACGCUCUCGUCACAUCGUGUUGUCGUCCGCGUUUGGUGGAAGUCCUUGCAACGCUGAUCUCGCAGAAAUUGAUCGAUGCGGCGUGCCUGGUUCCUAGCGAGGUCUUGAACAAAGCAAUGCUGAAACAAGAGAAGGAGAAGGAGAAGGAGAAGGAGGAGGAGGAGGAGGAGGAGGAGGAGGAGGAGGAGGAGGAGGAGGAGGAGGAGGAGGAGGAGGAGGAAGAGGAAGAGGAAGAGGAAGAGGCCCUCGGCUUGACUUCCUACUCCAGCGAUUUCCUCUUCAUGGCAUCAGACGAAGCCGGGACGCAGCUCAACGUGAGCGCUUGUCCGAUCAAAGAGGAGUGCCAGACGUGUGUUCCACAGAACUGCAUAUUCGCAGCGUGGAGUGAGUGGCACGAUCCGACAUGUUUGGGCUUGUGUGAGCGACAUCGUGUCAUCAGACAGCACAACAAUAACUGCGGCGAGGGAUGCGAGGGCCCCACGCUCGAGACAAAGACCUGCCCUGUGGUUUGCCAGCAAGAGCAGGUGCGCAUCAACGAUGGCUGGUGUUGUGAGGUCAGACGCGCCGCUUCUUUGAAAUCUGAAUUCCGGGAGAACUGUGAUCCUCUCGAUUCGAUGAUAUUCGAUGUGCUCAUCCUUGCCAACAUCGAUGCUUUUGCAAAGUUGCAGACCUUCCCGCUGUCACCUGCCGGUAUGAGGUUGAUCGACAUGCCAAGCAUGGCGGUGAGCAAUGUGUGCAAGGCUCAGAUACAGAACAUGGCAUCGCGGGCGCAGCCGGAACCAUUCAUUGAAUUUGCCCCACUUGCCCCAGCUGGUCGUCCGGAAAGAGCAAAUGUAUUUGACUCUGCCCAGUUGCCCCAUUGGCGGCAGUACAGUUGCCGACAUGUGCCACUUGCCCGACUUGGCGACUUUCCCAUGCCCAAGUGGAGCAAGUGGCUCAGGCAGGGCAAGCAGCAUCUUGUUUGUGACAUUCGGCAGAUGUUGAUGCAGACAUGGUUAACGGAAAAUCCGUAUUCAACUGGCGGCACAGCUCGUGACAUGCUUAAUGCUGGCCCACUCCUCGAGAUACAGCCCUGUCCGGGAGCUGAUGAAACGUGCAGAGCAUCUGGCAAGGAGGAUUGCAAGUGGGGGUCAUGGGAGCAAUGGUCUCAUUGUGGCUUUGAUGGGCAAAUGUCCCGAAAGCGCACGAUCGCGAGACUACCAUCGGUGUUUGGAGAAGCUUGUACGGGGCCGCUCUUGGAAACUGCAUCGUGCGACAGUGAGAGGGUCGACUGCGACGUGUCGCCGUGGUCCGGCUGGGAUGCUUGCGACAGAUCCUGUGACGGUGGGCAAACGCACCGCCAUCGGGAGGUCCACCGCUAUCCAUCAGGUGGUGGGGCUGACUGCCCGAGCAUACUGAUAGAGACCAAAGGCUGCAACAGCCAGUCUUGCAGUGGACACGACUGCCGGGUUUCAGAAUGGGAGUCCUGGGGGUUCUGCUCCACGACAUGCGGAGUCGGGCAGCGUACACGUCGCCGACAGAUUCUUGAUCUACGCGGUAUUGAUGGACACGGCUGUUAUGAACCACUAGGGGAGGUUCAGGCGUGUUCCAACCAAGUGGAAUGUGAGGAGAGAGAUUGCGUCUGGGGUGAGUGGGCUGCGUGGAGCUACUGCUCGCGUUCUUGUGAUGGGGGCAUUCGGUCUCGGAAGCGACAUGUCCUUAAAGUUCCUACGAAGCAUGGGAGGCAAUGUGAUGCGGAGAUCAAAGAGACAAUCCAGCCCUGCAACACUCACACGUGCAAUGCACCAGAAUGCACAGAUGGACUCUGGAGUCACUGGUCGGACUGGUCACCUUGCUCGGUCUCCUGCAACAGAGGAACAACCUUCCGAACGUGGCAACCUGUGUUGGAUGAGUUCGACUUCUGCUGCUUGUAUUUGGCUGUAUUUUGCUGUAGAUUCGUCCAGAUUCUGGAUUUAUGCAAAAGGCGACACGUGGCCAAGUCUGCAAGUGAAUGCGGUGCAAGCCCGAGAUAG